ACGUUCGUGGUGAUCAGUUCGUUCGAGUGUGUAGUUGCGAGAAGUCUCGCUCUCGGCUUAGGUGUCCGGUUUUCUGCCUUCGGCGGUUCGCGACGCUCGUUUUCCUUUCCUGUGUUGUUGUUGUUAUUAUUAUCGUUAUUGUGGUCGGUGUUGGGGGAGUUACGGUCUUCCUGGUGGGUUACGGUUCCGCCGAUUUGUGUGUUCGCGCUGUCCGUCCGCCUUCCUGGGAGGACAGUUUGGCAGGAACUGGUUUUUGUUAUGCUGCCGUUCGUGUGUUAUAUCGCAGUUUCGGAGCCAAUAGUAAGACCUUUUCAGUUGUGAAGAGUGAGUGUUUUUCAGUGCAUUGUUGGUCAAAAUUUAUCUACGAGAAAUCACAGUUGAUGCGAGUUUGAAGUUUGCAGUUUAAAGUGCGUUUUUCUACCGUUGAAGAGACCGGAUCUUUUGGAUUAGCUGUGCACAUUCUAAUCGCUAAACGUUGAAUGAGACACGCAAACUAUUCAACGUAGACACGCACGGUUCAUCCCAUUGGCGCAGAGAAAACCCUACAGUAGGAUUACGACAAACUGCUACGUAAGAAGAUCAACCCCGCUGGCCCAGCAUGGAGGUCCAGACGGCCCUAGUACUGACUAUCCAGCUGAUUGCACUCUUCUCGAUCGCUGGUGCCUUACUGCUCUAUCUGCUGUGUAAAGUACGCGGAACCCGGGAUGAAGGCAAUGGGGCGCAGAAAGGUUCGAUCCUGGUGACAUGCGCCGACACCGCCUUGGGAUUACAGAUCUGCACCUAUUUCGCCAGUAAGGGACAUCGAGUGUUCGCGGGAAUGAAAGAUCCAAUCGAAUCCCUGCCGGCAAAACUGUUGAGAGGUUGGAUGAAGAUGCGAGAGAGUUCGGAAACUCCACUGUCUGGUUCGGUAGUUCCACUGCGAAUCGAUGUAACCCGGGAGGACAUACUACGCGAAGCAGCCGAAGCGAUGGGCAUUCAUCUGAACGCUGGCGAGCGGGGCAUCUUGGCCGUAAUUAACACCGCAGGCUCGGUGUACCGAGGUCGAAUCGAUUCGCAGGAUUCCCUCCAGUGGGAAAACAUGUUCAAGAACAAUGUUAUGGGUUGUUUGAGAACGGCACGUGCAUUCAUCGGGCUGCUAAGGCCUACCCGCGGACGGUUGAUUUUACUUGGCUCAGGAAAUGAAGACGAAGGGUUGACAGUUUUUACGGCUACCAGAAAUGCGGUUCAGGGUUGUGCUGACGCGCUACGUAGGGAGCUUAAACCGUACGGAGUGAGUGUGGUUACGUUGGAUUCGCGAGGAGUCCCUGCUGAGGCAUUGUUCAAGGCUCCGAUACCGUAUACAAUCUCCGACGAGGAAGGCGUUCCUACGCAAUACAGUGCUGAAGUGUUAACUACCUCAGCCCUGGGAGUGAUCGAACGAGCUCUGUAUGAAACGCGACCUAGCGAAACCUACUGUCUGUCAGUACCGGCCGCAAAGUUCCAGGUCAGGCUACCGUGUCGAUCCUCGCUCAAGGUGUCCAGCGGUAGUAAACCAGAACCGCCCAAAGUGAUCCAAAAUGUCUGAUCGUACGAUCGUGCAUGCAUGCUUCGCUUACAUUCAAUAUGGCCGCUUUUUCGUGCGUAUCCUACGAUUCUUUUGGCCAGUUGCCCCCGGGAAACCCGAGUGCGAAAGAUUUCAAUUUGUGCCUAUUCUUUCAAAGUAUGUUCAUCCGGAGCCACUACAGAGUAACACAGUCAAGUUUUGAAUUUGUGACGAACAAAAUCAGAAAAAAAUAAAAUAAAAAGAACAAAUUUCACCGUUACAGUUUUCGUGACGUCCGGUAGGCACUUAGUGCCACUGCUUGAGAGGACGAUUUCUGUGUAAAGCUUCGUUGUAAGUCUUGUCUUUUUUUAUGUAAAAUACUUAAAAAUAAAACGAAUAUAAUUUCUAUUGAAUAAA